AUGCAUGUUGAACUGUGCUGUGCUGUGCUGCUUAGCUGGGAAUUGGCAUCAGAGCAGUUGGGGUAUGGGGCCAAAUGUCAGAGCUACGUUCAAGUGACUAUGAAAUGGAAGAAAGAUCCCUACUUCGACUCGAUCGAGCACAUUCACAAGUCCACGGAGCAGAAACGCGUUGUUUCUCUGAAGAACGUCAUAGCUCGGAACCCCAAUGGUUGCAUCCCCAUCUCUGAUGUGUCAAAGAAAGGUCUGCAAUUUGAUCUGAAAAUCAAAGUGGCUAGGUUGACCCAGAAAGCAGCCAAGAUUGAUAGAGAAGAAAUGAGUGUUCUCGAGGAUCAUAAGGGGGAUCUGAGGGAGAGACUGAAGAAGUUCAUUUGGAUGAAUAAAGAAAAGCCAGUACCUUUGAAGAUCAUCCAAGGGAUGGCAUGGUAUUUGGGUUUGCCUGAUGAUUAUCUGCAGAGAUUCGAUGAUGGGGCUUUCGAGAUCUACGCUAUUUAUUCAUCAAGCGCGAUACUCGGGUCGGCGGUGGAGAUCUUCUCAAAUCAAUCAAUAAAAUGGCGGAGGACAAGUACAAUCUGA